ACCUCGCGGGAGUCGAAGAAGAAUCCAACGCGCGGAUGGUGGACUCGACCGCUUCAACCUCCCUUUCUGCCUCGGCGCCUCCAACCCCACGCCAUUUACUCGUUCCUCGCUUGUUUUCUUUUUGAACUUCUUCUUCGGCUUCUCCUUCAGCCAACGGCGUCGUGAAGCGACUGGAGGGCUCGCUUCUCUUGAAAAGCUUUCUGCUUUAGGAGCUCCGAGGAACACACGCUCGUUUUGCGACCAACUGCCAAGUGCUCUUCCAAAUGGAAUCUCAAUCCAAAACAACCGAGGGACCUUCUUCCUCAUUGGAUUCAUCAGACCCAGGAUCAUUUAACAAGACAGCUCAUUCAUUAUCUAAACAACGUCCGAGAUCUUCUGAUCUGCAACAACAAUUAAAAAAGCUUCAGGAAGAACUGAGGAAGGAGAAAGAGGAGAAAUCCCGAGUAAUGCAACAACUUACCUCUCUGAAAAAGAACCCUGCGUCUGAAGGAUUCACAGAUGAAAGUAAGUCAAUAGUGGAGUCUCUAGAGAAAGAAGUUCAGAAAGCGAAGGAAUCAGAAAGAAAAUUGCAUGGAUCGCUCGCGUCCCAGACAAAGCUCCUUGAGCAGAUAAAUAUCUCUCUGGAAGAGGCCAAACUCGAGAACAAGUUUCUGCGAGAGAACAGCAAGAGCUUGGAGAGUUCUAGACGGUUUGGCAGCCGAAGCCUUAGAAACAUUGAGAAGCAUUUGUUUGGGAAUGAUCUUGUGCGCAUUGGCUCUGCGGAAGAAGACAUUAGAACACUAAGGAACGAGCUUAGGUUAAGCACAGAAGCAGAAGAGAAAAGCAAGACAGCGAUGGAUGGUUUAGCAUCCGUCCUGAAAGAAGUAACAACAGAAUCCAAUCAGGUGAAGGGAAAACUCAAAUCAACCGAAUCUGAGCUGGAGAAAGCAAGAGGUGAAGCAGAAGACUUAAAGGCGCAAUUAAGGAGCAUGGAAGAAAAAUUUGAAGCAGCAUCCGAAGAAUCUGAAAGGCUCAAGUAUGAAUUGGAGGAAUCUUCCACUGCUUGGGGUGAGAAAGAGAAUUGCUUCAUAAACUGUAUCAAAAUGUCCGAAGAGGAGAUCACUGAGUUAAAAGCAGACAACAAUAAGUUGUUCCGAUCACAAAGAUCGGCCAGGGAAGAGAAUUUCAAUCUGAGGGAUAUUCUAAAGCAGGCUGUAAAUGAAGCCAGCAUCGUCAAAGAAUCCCUGGAGAUUGUUAGGAAAGACAACACUGAGCUAAAAGAUCUUUUAUCUCAGAAGGAAAAAGAAUUGCAGGGACUAAAACAAGAAUAUGAAUGCUUAAAGGUCAGUGAAGCUGCAGCAACAGAUAGUGUCAAGGAGCUGAAGAGCUUGCUUGCUGCAACAUCCACAAUGGUCUCGAGCAUGGGAGCCCCAUCCAACGAGAGUGAACCCUUUGCGAUAAGUGAUGGCGAUGCCGGUAAACUUUUAGCGAAGUUUUCAUCGGAAAGAUGGCCUGGACAUAGUAAACAAUUGCAACAUGGUCCUAGGCACUCAAUAGGUGAACCUGGGAAGCUCAGGACAUAUGAAAUUAAGGUUGCUUCCUCAAUUGUUUCUGACUACGAGCAGUCAGUAAACCAUGAUGUUUUUGAUCGUAUAGAUGCAAGUCAUUUGGAUGAUACUGAGCAACCUGCUGUAAAUCAGAAAAAGAAGACAUUUCUUCGGAGAUUCGGAGAGAGUUUUAGAAGAAAAAGAAGUUAAAUGUAGAAUUCGUCACGGGUAGUUCUUUGGUGACUAAAUUCUGAGAUCCUCUUCCUCUUCGUGUCAAUCUGCAAACUUCUAACCAUGCAACACGGUUGAAGCAUCACUUUGUAUAAUGUAAGUUCGAAAUUGAUCAAGUUUAAGAAAAAUAGGGAUCAAAUGAAACAUUGAAGAUCUUUUAGUUUUAAAACUCGAGAUUCAAUUUGAUCCACUGUUUUUUUAACCUGAGAUUGGACGUCGAGUAAUUAU